AUGAGUAAUAAUGAUUGGUUUUUACAAAUUUCCUCUGCUAAGCUUUUACAUUUGAAUUUCACUGCUUCUGAUCAUUGUCAUGUUUUUCUUAUUACUGAUUCUAUUCCUAAACAUUUAUGGAGGCCUUUUAAGUUUUUUAGGACUUGGAUAGGACAAAAUAGCUUUAAGGAUAAACUUGAACAGUCAUGGAAUUUAGAUGUUCUAGGUAGUCCUGCCUACAAGUUGAAACAAAAACAGCACAGUGCUAGACUAUCCUUAUCACAAUGGAAUAGAUUGGAAUUUUGGAACAUACAAAGGAAUAUAUAUAACUUGCAAAAUGCCUUAGAAUCAGCUCAAAAUGAGAAUUAUUCUGAGAGUCAGCAUGCUAGAGUUAAGUCUAUCACUAGUGAUCUUGAAAACUGGUAUAAAAUACAAUCUGAAUUCUACAAAGAAAAAUCUAGAGAUAAAACUGGGCCUGACAAGGAUAACAAUACCAAAUACUUUCAUACUAUGGUGAACAAGAGAAGGCAUACUAAUAAUAUAUCUGUUCUUUGUGAUAAUGAUGGUAAUUGGCUUAGAGACAGGGAGGAUAUUAAUAAUCUUCUUACUAGUCAUUUUAGAACCGUUGCUAGUACUUCAAAUCCUGUUUUGUCUGAGGAAAAUUUUGAUGUUAUCGCCUGUGUUCUUAGUGAUGUUGAUAAUGCUUUAUUCCAUGCUGUGUCUGAUGAUAUUGAAAUUGAGAAUGUUGUUAGGAAUAUGCCUGCUUGGAGUUCACCUGGUCCUGAUGGCUUUCAAGCAGGUUUUUAUCAGACUCAGUGGUCUCUUGUUGGUAAGGAUGUUAUUAAUGUUGUUAAAAGAUUUUUUGAAAGUGGUCAUAUGCCUAGGUGCCUUAAUAAGACAUAUAUAUCUCUUAUUCCUAAGUGUAAAAGCCCUAAAAAUCCUUCUGAAUUUAGGCCUAUUCGUCUCUGCAAUGCUUCUUAUAAAAUAGUGUCUAAAAUUCUUGCUAAUAAAAUUAGGCCUUUGCUUAAGAAGUUAAUUUCUUCUUAUCAGGAUGCCUUUGUUCCAGGUAGAGCUAUUCAUGACAAUAUCAUUAUUGCUCAUGAAUUAAUUCAUACUAUGAAACACAAGGAAUGUAUAAGUGGAACUAUGGAUAUUAAACUUGAUAUUUCUAAAGCCUUUGAUAGGCUUGAAUGUAAUAAUCUCAGUCCUAAUGAUUGUAGUGCUUUAGCUAGUGCCCUUAAUAUGUCUUUGGUAACAGACUUUGAAAAGUAUCUAGGUGCUCCUCUGUUACUUGGUCAUUCUAAGAGGAACUUCUGGUGGGGUCAUAAAACAGGUAAAGGCAUUAAGUUUAUAGGAUGGGAUAAUAUUAACUUGCCUAAAGAUCAGGGGGGACUUGGCUUUAGAUACCUUGAGAAAUUUAACAUUGCCCUUAUUUGUAAGUUGGUUUGGAAAAUUGUUACUGAGCAUGAUGAGUUUUGGGUUAACAUUCUAAGUGCUAAAUAUUUUAAGGACUAUAGCAUUUUACACUUGCAGAAACUUAAUGAAAACUACUCUUGGAUUUGGAGAGGCUUAGAUCACCCUCCUAGACCUUUUGAAGGUCUAGUUAAUACUAUCUCUUAUACUACUAUCUCUGAGUUGUUCAUUGCAGAUGAUGCAAGUAAAAUUAUUGAUAUGAAUAUUCCUCUUAUUGGUUUUGAUGUGCUUAUUUGGUUGCCUGAUAGAAAGGGGCAGUUUUCAGUAAAGAGUGUUUACAAUGUUCUUACUGACAGAACUAAUCUACCUGUAAGUAAUCAACAUGUUCCCAAUCAGGUAUGGAGAUCUCUGUGGAAAGUAGCAUUACCACAUAAAGUGAAACUUUUUGUUUGGAAAUGUAUGAAAGAUAUUAUUCCUACUAAAGAUAAAUUGUCUAGAUACAAACCAGAGAUUGAGGUGCAUUGUAGUCUGUAUAAUUGUCCUGUUGAAACUAGUGAGCAUUUGUUUUUGGAUUGUCCUUAUGCUAGAUCAAUUUGGCUUGCAGAUAAUAUUAAUGUGGGUAUCAAUAUAGCUUUUGGUUCUGGUAUUGAUAGGCAGGAUAUAAACCGCUUGCUUAUGGUUGCAUCUUGGACUAUAUGGAAGGACAGAUGUUCUAAAGAUGUUAAAUGGAUCCCUCCAGACUAUGAAUUUUUGAAAUGCAACAUUGAUGCUUCAUUUAAAAAUGAAACAUUGCAAGGUGGUCUGGGACUAAUAAUCAGGGAUUUUGCAGGUACCAGCAUUGCAGUCCAAGGUAUCCACAUUAAUGAAGGAAUGAGGGUUGGCAUUGAAGUGGAAGAACUGAAGUGUAAAGCUAUGAAGGAAGUUGUUGCACUGGAAAUUAAACUGAAGAUGAAGAAGGUUAUUUUUGAAUCUGAUAGUGAGGUUCUAGUUAAAUCAAUAAAUGGACCUGGUUACUUUGUUCAUUGGUUGAACCAAUCUUUUAUUUUAGACAUUAAGUUUAUGUUAAGUUUUAUUGAGAGUUGGAGAUGCAUUUCAGUUAGAAGGGAUGCAAAUAGUGUGGCUGAUAAAAUUGCAAAGAGAGCUAGAGUUAUGGGAGUCUGUUUUAAUUUUAAAACUGAUCUUCCUCUUGAAAUUCAAGAAUGGAUUGAUCAAGAUAAACCUGUAUUUGAUUAA